AGGAGCGAUAUUAUUCAUCGAAUUUGGUCUCACUUUUUGCCGACGACUAGACUCUGACGGUUCUAAAUUCAUUUUCAAUACCUAAUCGUUUUACUUCGCUGUCUUUGAAAUUUUAACCGUUUCACGAAUACCUACCAUUACAAUGGCUUUAAACAAACUGAGCAUAAAAAGUUUAGAAAUCGCGAACAAACGAGUAUUGAUCAGGUAAAUAUAAUUUGUAUAGCUGCUUUAAAAACAAGGCGUAAACCUUUAGAGGUGAGACUAUAAUGUUUUAUGGUUAUGAUUAUGCUACAAAGGUUACUUCUCAAAGUUUCAUACCAAUUGAAUAAAUGGGGUAAUAAUGCAUAAAGGACAAAUACGCAUGCAUUCAUUUUUAUAUAGAUAGAUUAAUUAUAAUUUGUACAUUUUCAAUUUAGUUUUUUAAAUUAAUGGCAUAAAUUUUGUUUGGGUUAAAAGCAAUUUUUGUUUUCAAAUUGGGCAUUGAUAAUAUAUAUCUUCCAAUAAAUUUAUGGACUGCUUAUAGAAUUUUAUUUUUUUUAACCUUUUUUAUAAACUUACAUGGUCAUUGCUAGUUAUAGUUUUAAGUUUACCUAUCUUUUCGAACAUCUGCCUAUUUUUGAAUACAUUUUUCUGUCUACCUAUAUUUUUGAUCUAUUGUUAAUUUUUUUUUAAAUGUGUAUAUUUAUGCGCUUAUACUUCGUUAUGGUAUAUAUGACAUUUUUUUUGUCCAUUUUAUAAAUUCUUCAAGUUAUGAUAAAAGAAAAAAAUAUAUGUGCAUUGUACAUCAUACACAAAUUUAAAAUUUCCUUGUUAAAUCUGUGUAAUAAAUAUAAAGUAUAUGUAGUAAUUUUGUAUUGUUUCAGAAUCAAUAUAAUAUGAGAUACUAACAUAUUAGUUUGAGUACAUUAGUUUUUAAUACAGGUUUAAGUGUAGGUUCCUCUCAUAAUUGAAGUAUCACUUGAGUAAAUUCAAACUCUUAUUAAAAAUAAAAAAUAUACAAAGUUAAUUUAUAAAUUUGUAGCGCAUAUUAUUUCAGUUGCAACCAUUGAUGUAGUCUUUAUUUAAAACUUUAUGAAAUAAACUGUAUAUAAAAGUUGUUUAAACAUUGGGAAAUACUAUAGUUGUACUAAAAUAAUAUUGUAAUUUCUAUACUAUGAUACUAAUUAAGAAAAUAAAUAAUGAAAAACUAAAAGCUAAUUAAAUAUUUAUAAUGAAUAAAUAUCACUGAAAUAUCAAAUAUGAGAUAAAUAUGUACUUUUAGAUAAUAUCUAUAUAUAUCAGGUGGAUAACUAUUGAUAUUUUAGUCAAUAUUUAAAUAUUCUUUUAAUUAACAGGUAAUUAUAAAUAUGUAUCAUAUUUACCAGUUUGAUUUUCUAGAAAUAUUGGUAUAAUAUAUUUUUAUAAACUAAACUAAUAACCAAUGAAAUGAUUUUGAUAUUUACUUAGGUAUAGUUUUGUUUUUUAGAUUUUGUGCAAAGUCAAGAAUGUAUUAGAUUUAAUAUUAUGGUAUAUGCUUUUUUUUAUAUAUAUACAAGCUGUCCCACAAAGGACAUAUACCCAUUUCAAUAUCUCCUAAGAUAAUAAAGAUAAUCAAAUUAUGUUUAUUUUUUAUAUUACAUGGAUGAAGACUAACAAUAUUUAUAUCUGAAUUAAAUUUUCAUCUUUUGGUAAAAAAAAUGUUUUAUUUUAUUAUUUUUGAAAAAUUUGAAGGUAACCAUAUUAUUGAGUUAAAUUUGUUCAAAAUGUUGACAUUUUUAUUUUUUAUUUUCAUUAUAUUUGUAAUUUUUUAAAAUUUAGGGAAAGUACCUAUAAUUAUGCAGCAGGCUGUAACCACCUUCGCUAAUUGAUUAUUAUUAUCACUCCUAAUUAAAAAGAGAAAUAAAGUACAGUCAAUUUGAUUGUAUAUUUUUUUCUUUAUGUAUACAAAAUAAUAAAAAAUCACAAAUUUAAUGGAAAUAAAAGUUUAUACGUCAUCAUUUCCAGAAGAAUAAACUCUAUAAAAUGACUAUCAUAAAAUUUGUAUCAAAACAUAAUAAAAAAUUAAUUUAAAUAUAAAUAUUUGUAGUCCUUAUAUCUGUGAGUAAUAAUAAUAAAAAAAAACAACAUGUAAUUAUUAUAUUAUUUCUUGGGAUAUUGCAAUGGUGUUCGUAGAUCACUAUAUGUGAAAAACUUUUCAACCAGUUAUCAGAAUACUUGCUUCAAUCACUAACUUUAGGGAUGGUUUCUGGUACCAAUUUUUGUUUUCACUCCAGCCCAUGAGUGAAGUAAACUGUUUCGUGCAUGUAGACUUAUGAUUUUAUUAUUUAUUUAUGUUAUCAUGAUAAAAUAUAAAAUAAUUAAAAUCAUUUUAUCAGGGUUGAUUUUAAUGUUCCAAUGAAGGAUGGAAAAAUAACAAACAAUCAACGUAUUGUGGCUGCAUUAGAUAGUAUCAAUUAUGCUUUGGAUAAUGGUGCAAAAUCAUUGGUUCUUAUGUCUCACCUUGGACGUCCAGAUGGAUUACCAAAUUCAAAAUACUCUUUGAAACCAGUUGCUGAGGAACUCAAUAAACUCCUAAACAGGUAAAAAAUGUUUUAUUUAUUGUCAUUUAAAAUUUUUGUUUUCCUACAAUGCUUAACAAUUAACUAAAUAAAAAUGUUUUGAUAGAAUAAAAUGUAAAGUAAAUGUUCAACAAUAUGUAUAAUUGAACAACUAUAUUAUAUGAAUUUAUAUAUAUAAACUAUUUAUUAAUUUAUAAAAUCAUGAACAUUUUAGGGAAAUUACAUUUUUAUCAAACUGUGUUGGGCGUGAAGUUGAAGAAGCCUGCGCAGAUCCAACUCCAGGUUCAAUAAUACUUUUGGAAAAUCUUCGAUUUCACCUUGAAGAAGAAGGAAAAGGUGUAAAUGCUGCUGGUGAAAAAGUUAAGGCUGAUAAAGGAGACGUAAAAAAAUUUAGAGAAUCAUUGCAAAAGUUGGGAGAUUUAUAUGUCAAUGAUGCCUUUGGUACUGCACACAGAGCGCACAGUUCAAUGAUGGGUGAAGGUUUUGAAAAACGUGCUGCUGGAAUUUUGUUAAACAAGGAACUUACAUAUUUUGCUAAAGCCUUAGAUAAUCCUGAAAGGUACAUUUUCUAUCAAUAUUCUAUAAUUUUUAAUUUAAAUAAUUAUUUAAAUUUGAAUAUAAUUGUCAAUUUGUAGGCCGUUCUUAGCAAUUUUAGGAGGAGCUAAAGUUGCUGAUAAGAUUCAACUCAUUGAAAAUCUCUUAGAUAAAGUUGAUGAAAUGAUCAUUGGAGGCGGUAUGGCUUAUACUUUCUUAAAAAUAUCAAAGGGCAUGAAAGUAAGUGGGUUUAUAAAUUAAUAAUCUUAGAACAAGUUAAAAAUGUUAGUAGAUGAAUUAAAUAAUAAUAAUAUCUUAUAUUUCCAAGAAUAAGUAACAAUGUAAUUAUUUAUUUAUUUUAAGAAUACUGUAAUCUACUGAGUCAAGUGCUUUCUUAAGAUCUAGAAAAACAUUGACAACAUUUCUCUUUAUAUUUAAUUUAUUAUGAAUAAAUUUGUUUGAAAAGUGCAUCAUUUGUAGAUAGCUCAUUCUUAAAAUUAAUUUAAUUAUUACUAAAGAAGUUUUGUUAAUUUAAGAAUUCAGUAAGCUUACUUUUAAUGAAUUUCUUUAGUAUUUUAGACAGUUAAUGUUAGUAUUUUUCUUCUGUCCCAAAAGCCAGAGAUUAAUCGAUAGGCCUGUAAUUGGAACAGUAAUUUAAGUCACCAUUCUUAUUAAUUGAUAUACUGUAUAAAAUACAUUUUUUUCAACAAUAAUUAUCUUAUUUAAAAUAUUUCUGUAGGGUGUAUAGUAUACUAAAAAAUCCUGUAGUAGAAAUGUAUAUACUUUUUUUAAAAAGACACAUUAAAUAAAUGGUUAUCUAAUUAUUUUAUUAAAUAUCAAAUUAUCGAGGCCAUUAGUAAUCCAAGGCUAUAGUUUACGUUUUCACUUAUUAUAAUAGCAGGACAUUACAUUGGAAGAUAAUACCACCAUUUUAUUAAUUUUUUCAUUAAAAAUAUGAUCAAAAUGAUAAACAUUUUUGUUUUCAAGUAAAGCAUGCCAAUUUUCAUGAAUUAAAUAUUAAUUUUAGAUUGGAGACUCUCUUUAUGAUGAAGCGGGAGCAAAAAUUGUUGAAAAGUUAUUAGACAAAGCAAAAGCCCGGGAUGUAAAAAUUCACUUGCCAGUUGAUUUUCUUGCAGCCGAUAAGUUUGAUGAGAAUGCCAAUACUUGUUGUGCCACAGUAGAAGAAGGUAUUCCUGAUGGUUGGAUGGGUUUAGACUGUGGACCAGAAACCCAAAAAUUAUUUGUUGAACCCAUCUCCCGUGCUAAAGUUAUUGUUUGGAAUGGGUGAGGAUUGUUAUUACUGUUAUUAAUGUAUUUCAUAUAUUAUAAGAACAAUAUUUUGUUGUCAAUAUAAGUUUACAAUAUUGUUUUAUUUAAUUUAUUUGUAUACAAGUUUCACAAACUACAAUAAAUGUCAACAAUAUUUACUAAUGAAUUGUUUUUUUUUUAGACCUGCUGGAGUAUUUGAGUUUGAAAAAUUUGCUACUGGUACAAAAGCAUUAAUGGACACUGUUGUUGAGGCUACUAAAAAUGGAACUAUAACCAUAAUCGGUGGAGGUGAUACUGCAACUUGUGCUGCUAAAUGGGGCACAGAAAGUCUAGUUAGCCAUGUAAGCACUGGAGGUGGUGCUAGUCUUGAAUUACUUGAAGGUAAGUUUAUGUUUAAAACUUGUUUUUAAAAUAAUACAAUAUUUAAGGUUAAUAAGAAUAACUAUUUAAAUUUAUGAAGCAAUUGUAUAUUGUGUUUUAAACAAAAAAAGUAUACCAAAUAUGUAAAUGGUAUUCAAAUAAGAAAUUUAUAAAAAUAAUAAAUACUAUUUAACUCAUAAUCACCAACUCUGGGCAAAAACUCACUCCAGACAAACUUAAACUGCACAUAUUAAAACUCCCAAUAUGUGUCCGUAACUUUUAAUACCAUGAUCUUAUUAAAUUUUAAAAAUAAAUAUUCAAAUACACGUUCAAAAAGAUUGAAAUUUAUUUAAAUAAUGAAUGUUAUUAAUUUGUGUUCUAUAAAUAUAAAAAAAAAAUGUAUUUUAAUAGAAUAAAAUUAGUAGGAUAUAUUUAUAUCUACCACACAUGAGUGAAUGUGGUAUCAAAAAUUCAAUAAUUUGCAUAUGGUAAAAAAAAAAAUCUGUUAACUAUUAUAUUUUAUUAGUAUAUCUACUUUGUGAUAGUAUAGAGAAAUAAUAUUAAAAAGUGAAGAAAAUAUGCUAGAAAAUAUAUUAUUAAUUUUUAUAUAAACUUUUUUGUGUUUCAGGAAAAGUCUUACCAGGAGUUGCAGCCUUGACUGAUGCAUAAUUAUUUUAAAUUAAAAUUUUUUGAAACUGCAAUAUUCAUGUAAUACGUAUACGUUUGUGGUUUUUUAACUGUUUUUUUUUUUAUAUCUACCUUUAGUUGUCAAAUUGUUGUGCAAUAUUUCCUUGUUAUCAUCAAAGUUCCAAUGCCAAUUAGUUUUUGAAUAAUUCAUAAUUUGUGUUAUUACUUAAAUUAAACGACAUAGAUUGGUUAUUUCUCAUUUUAAUAUAUUAGUUCUGAAUUCAUAAAAUUUUAAUAUUUCUUAUUGUGAUCAAGAGUGAUAUUAUGAGGCAAGCUUACCUGCAUCUCUUUUUGACAUAUUUUUAGGACUAAGCAACAAUUGCAUUAGGGAAACUACAAUCUAAUCAAACUGAAUGGUUUCCCUCUAGAGAUAUUAGAUAAAUAAUGAUUACUAGUCUUUCUUACUCUCCCUAAAAAGAGCUGUAUUAAAUAUCCUUGAAGCUCUGAUAGUACAUUUCAUCCAAAAGAAAAUGUUUGUAUUAAAACUGGAAAAUUAUACAUAUAAAUGUAUGAUAUGAUCCAGUGAUUGAAGUUCAUUUACAGCUAUGGGAUUAUAAUUUUACAAUCAUAACUAAUGUAUUACAUUCUGAUAGGUAUUCAUAAAAAGUAUUUGAAAUUUGUAAAAACUGCAGAAAAUUAUAUUGUAAACAAACAAAUAUUAAUAUAAAUGUAUAUUGAGUUCCAGAAUUAUUUAUUUAAAUAAUUAUAAAAUAAAUGCUACAUUAAAAAAAUGAUAUGGUGACCACUAAAAUAAAGAAAACUUAAAACUAAUUAAAUGUCAAAAGUUCUACAUAAUAAAAUUAAAGAAAAACUGAUUUAUAUGGGAUAAAAUGAGUCCCAUAUAACUUCUGUCAGAACAACAGGACACAAAGUUAUUAUACAGAACUGGGCAAUCCCAAAUUAUUCGGUGUCCUAUAUUGUAUGGGAUUGUUCCCCUAAAUUAUAGGAUAGUAUUGAAAUAAUAGCCAACAGCUAAAAUCAAUAAUAAAUUUAUUAUAAUAAGGUAAAGGAAAGGAAAAAUAAUAUCGGGGAUUGAAGUUAGUCACUAUUCUCACUUAAAGUAAUUUUGUCAUUAAAAAGUCAUUUAAUGCCACUAAGUAUUUUCAUACAAUUUUAUAAAAAAUUAUUACAUUAAUAUUUAUUACAAGAUAUUAGUAUCUUAUAUCAAAGACUGUCAUAUUUGUAAACAAUUGUUUUAGUUAUUAUUUAUCUUUAAAUUAUUUAAUAAAGCCUGGU